ACUAAUUCAUCACUGAACAAACUUCGUACAUCAUGAGUGGAAGAGGCAAGGGUGCGAAAUCAAAGGCAAAGUCCAAGUCACGGUCUUCUAGGGCUGGGCUGCAGUUCCCUGUAGGUCGUGUUCAUCGGCUGCUUCGCAAAGGACACUACGCUAAGCGCAUAGGUGCUGGAGCGCCAGUUUACAUGGCUGCUGUGCUGGAAUAUCUGACAGCCGAAAUUCUGGAGUUGGCUGGAAACGCUGCCCGGGACAACAAGAAGACUCGUAUCAUCCCCCGUCACCUGCAGCUUGCCGUGCGCAACGAUGAGGAGCUGAACAAGCUUAUGGGCGGUGUCACCAUCGCUCAGGGCGGAGUGUUGCCCAACAUUCAGGCCGUGUUACUGCCCAAAAAGACGGAGAGAGCAGCUAAAGCCAAGUAAA